AUGUUGUGGUUUCCUAACCCCUGCAUCACAGGUCCUAACUGCCAAACUAACAUCAAUGAGUGUGCCUCCAAUCCCUGCUUGAACCAGGGGACCUGCAUUGACGACGUCGCUGGGUACAAGUGCAACUGCUUGCUGCCUUACACCGGGGAGACCUGCGAGGUUCUGCUAGCGCCGUGCAGCUCCAGACCCUGUAAAAACAGGGGCGUGUGUCACGAGUCCGAGGAUUAUGAGAGCUUCUACUGCACAUGCCCCGCAGGCUGGCAAGGCCAGACCUGUGAGAUCGAUAUCAAUGAGUGUGUGAAGAACCCCUGCGACAACGGCGCCACCUGCCAGAACACCAUAGGCGGAUACCAGUGCGCAUGCAGACCGGGCUUCUCUGGGCACAACUGUGAGACCGACGUAGAUGACUGCAAGCCGAACCCCUGCAGCAAUGGCGGCUUCUGCCGGGACGAGGUGGACGGCUUCGCCUGCGCCUGCCUGCCAGGCUUCCGAGGCCCCAAGUGCGAGGAGGACAUCAACGAGUGCGACAGCAACCCCUGCAAGAACGGCGCCAACUGCACCGACUGUGUCAACAGCUACACCUGCACCUGUCUACCGGGCUUCAGCGGCAUCCACUGUGAGAACAACACCCCCGACUGCACGGAGAGCUCCUGCUUUAAUGGGGGCACCUGUGUGGACGGCAUAAACGCCUUUACCUGUGUCUGCCCGUCCGGCUUCACCGGCAUCUACUGUCAGUACGACAUCAACGAGUGCAACUCCAGGCCCUGUCUGAACGGCGGCACCUGCCAGGACAGCUACGGGACCUACAAGUGCGCCUGUCCGCAGGGCUACACGGGACUCAACUGCCAGAACUUGGUGCGCUGGUGUGACUCUUCACCUUGUAAGAAUGGGGGCACCUGCUGGCAGAAGGGCACCUCCUACAGCUGUGGAUGCCAGAGCGGCUGGACCGGCCUCUACUGCGACGUGCCCAGUGUCUCCUGCGAGGUGGCUGCCAAGCGACAAGGUGUGGACGUGGCCCACCUGUGCAGAAACUCAGGCCAGUGCCUGGAUGCAGGUAACACGCAUUACUGCCACUGCCAGGCGGGCUACACGGGCAGCUACUGCGAGGAGCAGGUGGACGAGUGCUCGCCGAACCCAUGCCAGAAUGGUGCCACCUGCACCGACUAUCUGGGAGGAUAUACCUGUGAGUGUGUGCCCGGUUACCAUGGCGUCAACUGCUCCAUCGAAACCAACGAGUGCCUCUCACAGCCUUGCCAACACCGGGGCACCUGUAUCGACCUGAUCAAUACCUACAAGUGCUCCUGUCCCCGGGGAACACAAGGUGUCCACUGCGAGAUCAACGUGGACGACUGCACGCCCUUCAUCCACCCAGUCACGCAGGAACCCAAGUGCUUCAACAACGGCCAGUGCGUGGAUGGCGUGGGCGGGUACCACUGUGUGUGCCCACCGGGCUACGUGGGCGAGCGCUGCGAGGGCGACGUCAACGAGUGCCUGUCGGAUCCAUGCGACCCGCGCGGCACCUACAGCUGCGUGCAGCUGGCCAACAGCUACCGCUGCGAGUGCCGCACCGGCUACAAGG